ACAAGGAUCCAACCCUUGUCCAAUGGCUGUGCCGUCCUAAGAAUAUAAUUCUUACGUCUCACUUUCCUCUCUUCUCUCAAACCUAAGCUCUUUAUUUAAAGACAAAGCCUAAUCUAGAAAAGGAAACAAAUCAUAUGACCUUAGCAAGUCUAAUGAUGAUGUACUCUAUCAUUGGGAGUCCUAAUAAAUUUUCCUAAAUUCUGGCGGUGAUGUGUGCUCGAUUUUUGUUACGUAGAAUCGUUAACGUAAAUGCCAAGAACUUGGAUGGUAAGACCACGAUGGACAUGCUCCAAACUUACAAAUCUCCUCUUUUCCCCAAAAUAAGCAGACUUCUCAACCGUGCUAACGAAAGACUAAUUUGUAGUGGUCCCACAAUGACUCUUGGGGAAUAUUUGAGCAAGAAGCCAUCGUUUUUUCAGAAACGAAACUCUUUCUUGGGGCUGGCCAAUCUGAGUAAGAUUAGGCACACGUCUCUAGAUACCAGUGACAACCGCAGUGUAAUACUUGUGGUGGCUAUACUGAUAGACACAGCUACAUACCAAGCUGGUUUCAGUCCUCCUGGUGGAUUUUGGCAAGAAGAUUCAAAGCCCGGAGAUUCCACUAAUCACAUCGCUGGGGAGAUGACUAUGACUAUCGGAGCUGCCUCAUUUUUUUAUGUCUUCAAUGGAGUUGCCUUCUUCUCAUCUCUAUAUGUGAUCAUGAUCCUCAUAACUGGACUUCCCAUGUGGAUAGUCCUUUACGGUUCAACAGCAGCUCUUGGGAUUGCUAAUUUUGCAUGUUCAGCGGAACAUUCCCAUAUUCGAACAGCCUAUUUGGGGAUAUUGCAAAGGAAGUUGUGCCCUUAACAUACCCAAUAGUGACAGCGUGCUUGCUAUCACCUCCUUAUCUUUCAUUCCUUAUCAACCAACUUCGCCGACACCGAGUUGAUUUUCCGGCGAGGUACUUCAACUGCUGAUGCGUGAAGUAGUCAAGAGUAUGUAAACUGUAUUGGCUGGGAUCAGCGCUCUCUUCUUCCAAAUUUCCCCCAAACUUUUGUGUCUUCUUUGCUUUCUACGUUAUGUCAGAUUUGAGUUUCGGUCCCUUUGACUAGUAGUUGAAUUGUGAAUUGUGUUUUCCACUUUUGCAUGUUCACCAUUACGAUAUUACCAAAUUGACUAUGAUAGUAGCUUAUACGCAACUUACAAAUGUCAAAUGAUACUAAAUCCAUC